AUGAUGAUUAAAUAUGAAGAGCUGUAUUGCUUCUCUUUCAACCCCAAGCUGGACAAGGCAGAGCGAGAGGAAGGCUGGAGGCUGAUUGACUUGAGUGGAGAGUACAGUAGAAUGGGGGUCCCCAAGAGCCUGUGGCAGCUCAGUGAUGUUAAUCGGGACUAUCGAGUUUGUGACACAUAUCCUACUGAACUCUAUGUACCAAAAUCUGCUAGUGUGCCAAUCAUCGUUGGAAGCUCCAAGUUUCGUAGCCGUGGUCGUUUUCCUGUUCUGUCCUAUUAUUAUCAAGAUAAUGAUGCCUCUAUAUGUCGUAGUAGUCAGCCCCUGUCUGGCUUCAGUGCUCGCUGUCUUGAAGAUGAACAGAUGUUGCAGGCGAUAAAGAAAGCAAAUCCUGGCAGUGAUUUCCUCUAUGUCGUUGAUACACGACCAAAACUGAAUGCCAUGGCAAACAGAGCAGCUGGCAAGGGCUAUGAGAAUGAGGACAACUACUCCGACAUCAAGUUUCAAUUCAUUGGCAUUGAGAACAUCCAUGUGAUGAGAAACAGUCUCCAGAAGAUGUUGGAAGUAUGUGAACUUCGAUCGCCGUCUAUGGGUGAAUUCAUGUGGGGUCUGGAGUCAUCUGGGUGGUUAAAGCACAUCAAGACCAUAUUGGAUGCCGGCAUCUUCAUUGCCAAGGCAGUGGCUGAAGAAGGGACUAGUGUGCUCGUCCACUGUUCUGAUGGGUGGGACCGCACAGCUCAGGUUUGCUCAGUGGCAAGUCUACUCCUUGACCCAUACUACAGAACAAUCAAAGGCUUUAUGGUAUUGAUUGAGAAAGAUUGGAUUUCAUUUGGCCAUAAAUUUAAUCACAGAUAUGGACAUUUAGAUGGCGACCCAAAGGAAGUAUCCCCAGUGAUUGACCAGUUCCUGGAGUGUGUCUGGCAGCUUAUGGAACAAUUUCCAUGUGCAUUUGAGUUUAAUGAGAGGUUCCUCAUCCAUAUUCAGCAUCAUAUAUACUCCUGCCAGUAUGGAAACUUCCUGUGCAAUUGCCAGAGAGAGAGGAAAGAACAGAGAGUUCAAGAGAGGACUUAUUCCCUUUGGUCAUACCUGUGGAAGCAGCAUUUGGAUUACAUGAACCCCCUUUACAGACCAAACCACAGUCAGACAUUGGGCAUGCUGCGACCUAAUACAACACCAUCCUCUUUCAAAUUUAGGUUUUGGAGAGGUCUUUACAAUCGCUUUGAGAAAGGUAUGCACCCCAGACAGUCAGUGACUGAUUUUCUUCAGGCAGUGAAGGAAGAAACUCAGCAACUUGAGGAAGAGCUGGAUGUCAUGGAAAAGAGACUAGCAAAGCUGGAAACUCGUCAAACCAAUGAAGUAAACAAGAAGUUUAAUGAGCAGCCAAAAAUCAAUACAUUCCAGAUGUGCAUCACCAAGAACUCUCCUGUUAACACUCCCCAAGAUUACAGCAACAACCUGAAGUUGUUCCCUUCCCGCAGCCCAUCCCAGGGUGAGGAUGACUCGGCCCUCAUUCUUACUCAGGAUCACUUGAAAAGCUCUGAUCCAGACCUGUCUGCCAACAGUGACCAGGAGUCUGGGGUGGAGGACUUAAGCUGUAGGUCUCCAAGUGGUGGAGAUUCUCUUCCCAGUGAGGAUAGUGGAAAGGACCCCGAUUCAGACGAAGCCAUGUUUCUGAAUGCUUAG